AUGGAACACAAGUGUGCCUCCCAUGCUGGGCUCUCUGCAUUCUGCUUGGGAACAACAGAGCAGGAUGUGGUCACCUCAGCCCACACUGCUCAGGUUUUCAGUCUCAAUGUCCUACCUUUCUCCCAGGACAACGGACGUUUUCUGCUAAGGACCAAAUAUAAAGAAACCCAGAGCCAAGGAAGCUUGCCAGCGCUCUGCAGGAAGGGCCACAGCCUAGCUGAGGCAGAGAGACAGAGUUUUGAAAUUCUCCAUGCAGUGUGCUAUGUUCUGGCACUCAUCUUCAAAGACACCGGAAACAUUCCUCCCAGCAGGGGGGCAGGAGAAGCUGCAGGUGAAGAUAUCUGGGAGGACAGAUCGAUUCAUCUGAGUUUCCCUCUGGGACAGCAGCAGAGCCCAGCGAGCCUUUGAGCUGCCCCCGAGAUGGGCACCAAUACCAGCACGGUGGGCCAGCUUCUCUGGCAGUGGCCCGUGUGUCUGAGCUGGAAGCAGGAUAUGGAAGGGGCCGUUUACCACCUGGCCAACUGUUUCUUGCUCCUGGGCUUCAUGGGGGGCAGUGGAGUAUAUGGAUGCUUCUACCUUUUUGGCUUUCUGGGCACAGGCUACCUAUGUUGUGUGCUGUGGGGCUGGUUUAAUGCCUGUGGGCUGGACAUCGUCCUGUGGAGUUUCCUGCUGGCAGUGGCCUGCCUGCUGCAGCUGGCACACUUGGUAUACCGCCUGCGCAUGGAUACCCUCCCCGAGGAGUUUGACCUCCUCUACAAGACACUGUGGCUGCCCCUGCAGGUGCCCCUGCACACCUACAAGGAGAUUAUUCUCUGCUGCCAGGAGCAGGUCUUGUCUCUGGCCACAGAGCAGACCUAUGCUGUGGAGGGGGAGACACCCAUCAACCGCCUGUCUCUGCUGCUCUCAGGCCGGGUUCGUGUGAGUCAGGACGGGCAGUUUCUGCACUAUGUCUUUCCGUACCAGUUCCUGGACUCUCCUGAGUGGGAAUCGCUGCCGCCCUCUGAGGAAGGCCUCUUCCAGGUCACUCUCACUGCAGAGACAGAAUGUAGCUACAUUUCCUGGCCCCGGAAAAGUCUCCACCAUCUUCUGAGCAAAGAACGAUACAUCUCCCGCCUCUUCGCGGUUCUGUUGGGCUACGACAUCUCAGAGAAGCUCUACACACUCAAUGAGAAGCUCUUUGCCAAGUUUGGACUGCGCUUCGAUAUCCGGCUCCCCAGCCUCUACCACGUCCUGGGUCCUUCUGCCUCAGAUGGGGGGCCCGAGUCUGAGAAGGACGAGGACGAAGGCUCGGAGCCAGCCACGGGCCCUGCCCCAGCGGUGCCCACCUCUGUCCAGCAACCCCUGCCUCAUUCUCCCCAUCCAGCGGCUCCCGACCUUCCUGCUCCUCUAGCCUGGGCCCGGACGUCCAGGCCUGACAGCAGCGUCCUGGCCCCUAGGACUCCCCUCCAGAACUCUCGAACGACGGCCAGGGUCCAGGCCCCUCUGGCACCAGUCCACACUCCGGAACUCUAAGGAUCCCCGGGUGGUCCUCUUUCGUGGGGCCAGGACAGCUCUCUUGCAUGUUCACAAGACAGUCACUCAUGUGCACACCUGCUCACCGCUGGAGGACUCGGGCAAGGCAGGCGUGGACACGGGCUGCCUGCGCUGCUGCUGCUGCUGCUGAGCGACCCUGCAGAGCUGGCCCGGGAGAGGCUCCCUACCCGAGAAGCACGGUCCCUGGGGCGAGGCCCGAGAUGGCCUGCCACCUGCGAAGCGCUGGGUAGUUCACUCCCCGCCUGUCCCCGGGUUGUUUCUCUCGUCUGAAAGGAUCCUCGGAGCCGGCUGCCUGCAGGCUUCCCCCGAGGCCCAUUUUUACUUUUCUAGUGAAAUGCAAUUUACAGAAGCAAACAUUUAAAUACCUAGUUUUGGGGCCGGGGAUAUAGCUUAGAGGCAGUGUCUGGCUGGCAAGUGUGAGGUUGUGUGACCCCCUGUACCAAAAAAAACAAAACAAAAAGCCUCGUUUUCCCUUAGACUUAAAAUUCAGUUUAAAAAUCUAUUCUACUUAUGAACCUAGUAUUGGAAAAUUGCUUUCAGAAGAAUUUUUUACAGACUCAGAUUUCCUUAAACAUUUAAAAGUGUACUUAUUAACUUAAUAUAGUCUUUUUCCCCUGAAUACAUCCAUCUAUAUUCCAAUUAGCCCUUACCCCCGUAGUAAUGUUCCAAAAUGGUCCCAACAGUUCCUUGAGCUUGUGAAUGUGGGCCUGGCGUCUGCAAGGCGGUCCUCACUUGGGGCUUCUUGCACUGCUGCUGCAUCCACUCAGGCUGGGCUGCAAUCACUUCAGAGCCUCUUCACUCAUGUGGGCCUGCACUCGCAAAGCCCACACAGCCAAGGUGUGGAACUUCUGGAGAAAUCAUCUCUCCCUCCCACCCGAUCCCAUCUCCACAGCUGGUUCAUUUUUGUAGCUGUAUAGUACUCCAUUGUAUGACUACACUACUGCACUCAUUUAUGCAGUCUAUUAUUGAUGAGCUUUUGGGUGGUUUCCAGCUUGGGUCAAUUGCAGAUAACACUGCUGUGGUAUCCUUGCAUGUAUGUGUGGGUAUACAUACGUGUGUAGCUCUUCAGUGUAUGCCUAGGAGUGGACUCUCUCAGACACCGGGUAUGUGUAUGUUCAACUAUAGCAAACACAGCUGAACACUAAGCCAUGGUGCCAAUUUCCAUCCCCUUUAACAGUGUUAAUGGGAAAGAGCCCGCUGCUCCCAUCCUCUCUGACAGUUGUCACCACCAUUUGUUUUCCAUUUUACCAUUUGAGCAUAGUACCAUUUGGCCACUUCCCUGAUGAAUAGUAAGAUUGAGAAGCUGUCCUUUCAUGUUUUGUCACAUGCGUACCCUCUAUUGGAAACUGUAUCUUCUAGUUUAUCUGUAUCUAUCUAAUAUUUCCGGUGAAGUAAGGGUCCGGAUUCCUCAUUUUCCACGUGGAUCUGAGUGUCUGAGCAGCGUUAUGAAGCUGAGUGUUCUACUACUAGUGUUCAGUGUCUCUUUUCCCAGAAAUCACAUGUCCUUAUGUUUGGAGGUCUGUUUCUGGAUCUUCUCAUCCAUUGGCCUGUUUUUAUGUCCUUUGACAAUACCGGCUUGUAAUAAUUAUUAUAACUUUUUAAUAGAUUUUGACAUCCCCAGACAUUUUUCUUUUUCAAUUUUUGGUUAUUCUUGAUGUUUUCCUCUGUGUUUUCAUAACAUCAAUUUUGACCAAAAAAAAAAAAAAAAAUAGACCAUCUAGAUGUUUUUCUAUACUAGGGAUUGACUCCAGGGCAUUUGCACUACCUACAUCCCUAGCCUUUUUUCAUAUAUUGAUUUUAAUAUAGGGCAUCACUAAAUCAUUAAGUUGCCCUGAGCUAGGCUGGAGCUUGUGACCCUCCUGCUUCAGCUUCCCAAAGUUCUGGGAGUACAGGUGUACACCCCCAUGCCCAGCUCUGCUAGAAUUCUUAUUAGAAUUGUAUUUGCAGUAUGGAUCAAAUUGGUAAAGAGUGUAUAUGUUUCCAUCUAUGAGCAUAAGUUUAUUACUUCAUUUGUUUUGAACUUCUUUAUUUUUGUCUCAAGAAUAUUUCAUACUGAGUUUUUUCAAAAUACUUAUUUCUAAGUAUUUUAAAAGUUUAACAUGAUUUUAGAUGCUGUCAUUUAGUUUUUUACUUACUAAUUUUUUAUUGCUGCUAUGUGUAAUACAAUUGAUUUUUAGACCUUCAGUGAUCUUGAUAAAUUCACUUAUAUCAAUUUUAAUCAUUAAUCUAUAGUUAUUUGCUUUCUUUUCUUAUACCUUUCUCCUCUCUUUUCCUUCUCCUCCUCUGGUUCCUCAUUUCACUGGGUGAUGCUUACAGUGUGAAAAUGAAUAUAAACCGUGAUAGAAAACAUUUUUUCUCCACCCAACCUCUAGGAAAAUGUUUUCAAUAUUUCAUCAUUUAUAUGAUAUGUGGCAUCAGGUUUUUAGACUGAUUUUAUCAGGUUAAAGUUUUAUUUUAUGCCUAAUUUGUUAAUUUAAAAAUUGUGAAUGAAUAUUUCACUUAUCAAAUUAUUUUCUACAUUCAUCAAAAGUAUUUUUCUUCUUUAUUCUGUAAAUGUUGUGAAUUACACAAGCAGAUAUGCAAAUGUUAAAAAAGAAACCCUUAAACCAAGGAUAUAGCUCAGUGGCACAGUGUCUGCCUGGUGAGGGCAGGGUCCUGAGUUCGAUUUUCGGCGCACACCCCCCCUCAAUAAAUAAAUAAAUACUUUUUAAAAACCUUA